AUGAACCUUCUUGCGCUCUUUACAAAGCCAUGGGUCACGCAGAGGACUCCAUCCAGCGAAGUUUGCAAUCAGCAUUCCACUGCCUCCUCUUCGAAGCUCACCAGCAAUCAACCACUUCUUGAUUCCGACUUGAGCAGCAUGAAGACAAACUUAAAUGCCAACGCGAUCAAUUUCUCUUCUCAUCUUGAUCUGCCUUCACCGAAGCAGCAGCACGCCGCGAAAAAGUAUGCCAAAGAGAGGAUCCUCGCCAAUCCGAAAGCACUGGACCGCUUUUUUGACUAUCUCUCGCUAGCUGAUCUGCUCACGUGUCAACGAGUAUGCAAGAGCUGGAGUCAUACCAUAACAUUUUCUCGAAAAUGGAAGGAGCAGCUAUAUCUCGCACCUGCAUCAGGCAACCACGGCCAGCAAACGGCCAAACUGAACCCCUUCCUCACCACGAUCAGCAGCACGAUAUCUGAACUUCACCAGAUCUAUGACAACCUUCCAUGCGACACAAUGACUCCGCUACUUCAAGAAGACCACAGCAUUGUCUUCGCCUGGAAAGGCCGCUACUACCGCCCUCAGACCUUCUUCAGUCGCUCUUCCAAUCCAGCACUGUCAUCUGUCUCGUCAGCAGAAAAUGUCUCCGCCCCCUACAUCGAGUGGCAACUCCGCGAACUGUCGCGGUACGAGAUAUGCUCACUGAACAAUUCCACCCUCUUUCCGGGACCCAACUCAAGUAUCUGGAAAAUGUAUCUAUGCCAACCUCCACCAAUCGAAAUUCACAUCACAGUCUGGGAGAUGGAUAACGCGUACGAAGACGACAGCCGACUACCCAAAGCUGCGGACGCAGGCCACAUCACAGAACGUUUCGUCCUCAAAGCAUGGACAAUACGCGAGAUUUUCGAACGAAUGGACGAAGCGAGGGACGAGGAAAGGAAGGCGCGGAGACCAACCCACGAGGAGCAGACGCCAAAACGAAAGAUGGAGAAGUUCCGACAUCUCUUCAUCAACGACAAGUCCCAGCUAUCGCCGCCAACAGCACCAGCAUUCUCCACCUCUUUCCACAAUACCUCGCAAUGUCAUCUCCCUCCAACACCGACACCCUCACCGCUCCGUCCUCGAGUCGCGAAGAUAUUGGCUGCCCCAGAAACUCCCCCAGAAUUCCCAAGCCCAAAAUUUCCCAAUGCGGCUACUUCUUCAGCCGCCAGCACCUACAGCAAGCCGGCAUCCAUCUCCUCACUCGCUUCCAACGCCAGUCUUGCUAGGAAGAAAGUCCAGCAAGUGCUUCGAAACAACGCUUCGACCAUGACAGUGGGUCUGGGCGGGUACGUUGAGCCUCUUGCUCCUAGUGGAGGAAGAAAGGCAGAUUGA